UGNAAUACAUACAUGCCUGUAAUAGAAUUCCCCUCUCCACCGCUAGAAUAGUUGACUAGAUUAGAGGCCCUAACAACUGCAUAUCUCGACCGUCCGUUGUUCGAUCAACGGUUGCAGUUCCCCGAUAAUCAUUAAUCUAUUCAGAAACACACAGCAUUAGGGCUCACGGUCCAAAAAAGAAAAAAACUCCAUCUUCUCACCGAUCUCCUUCUCUGAACAGAUUUUAAACUCUCAGUUCUUCACAAUUAGCUAUCUUUGAAUUUGUCUCUGAAAACUUCCAGAAACUGACAAUGAGCAAGGGACCAGGACUCUUCUCAGACAUUGGCAAGAAAGCCAAAGAUCUGCUUACUAAGGACUACCUCUCUGAUCACAAAUUCUCCGUCUCCACCUACAGUGAUGCCGGAGUGGCCCUGACAACAUCCACUGUGAAAAAGGGUGGCUAUUCAUCCGGCGAUGUGGCAGCUCAGUACAUAUAUAAGAAUACUUCUGCUGAUGUGAAAGUCGAUACAGAAUCAAAUAUCUCAGCAACUCUGACUGCUGCCAAUAUCAUCCCAUCAUCGAAAACAAUUGCCACUCUGAAGUAUCCCAAUUACGAGUCUGGCAAGGUGUUUGUGCCCCAUUUUUCACAUCCUUACCCGACUUCACUGGAAUUCCAAUAUUUUCAUCCUCACGCGUCACUCACUGCAGCUGUUGGUCUUAGCCAAGCCCCUCCACUUGAUUUCUCGGUGACACUUGGCACUCCCACCUUUGCUUUGGGUGCAGAAGCUGGUUACGAGACCACUUCAGGAAAGUUAACUAAAUAUACUGCUGGCAUAACCAUAACAAAACCAGAUUCCUGUGCUUCAGUGCUUCUGGGAGAUAAGGGGGACACCAUAAGGGCGUCAUAUAUACACUACUUGGACCAGUUGAAGAAGAGUGCUGCAGUGGGAGAAAUAUCUCGAAAAUUCUCCACGAAUGAGAACACUUUCACGGUGGGUGGGUCCUACGCCAUCGACAACCUGACACAAGUGAAAGUGAAGCUCAAUAAUCAUGGCACCUUAGGCACUGUUUUGCAGCAUGAGGUCAUCCGAAAGUCACUCGUGACUAUAUCCAGCGAAUUUGACACCAAGGCUCUGGACAAGACCCCGAGAUUUGGAGUGUCUCUUGCUUUAAGGCCUUGAGACCACAUUUGCUGAAGCAUAUGCGCUGUUUGGAAUUUGGGAGGAAUUAAAUAAGUAUUGACAAACUUUACUGUCUUCUCAUCAUUGGUUAUUUUUUAUGUUUUCCGUUGGUGCCUAGAGAUAUUCUCGGCAUUUUUUAUGACCGUGUGUGCUCGGUUUCUUGUUGAGGCCUUUUGACAUAUGAUAGUAAUUCUUUUGUCUGUGAUGAACAGUUUAUUUUUGUUUUUGCAACUCCUUCUCCAGGAAGGAAGUCAAGUCAGUAACUGUUAUUGAUGUUUGGCUCAUGGUUGAUGGCAUCUGUUUCAACCCUUUCUGUGACAUUCAACAUUUUGUUUUCUCUUGUUUUAGUUUCAUUCAAACUCUAUUAAUUUUGUGCAGAUAGUGCUACCAAGUACCAAGACUUAGUAGGCUAUGUUCUGUGUGCUAGGUUAGUUGAUAAUUUAUAAGUGAAUUUUGAGCUUGCAGUUGAUAGCUUAUGGUUGCAAAACUAGUUGAUAUGAUAUAAGGAUUUGGUA